GGCCGGGCAGGGAGAGCGGAAUUCCGGCCUUGCCCAACAGGAUAACGCGGGGGCUCCGGGGGGAUUAGGGACUUGCCUGAGUUGGAUUUACUUGCGAUUGUGUCUGGGGAGGAUCUAGAGCGACAUGGAACCUCCCGCCCCAAAGAGAAGGUGCCCGGGCCUGAGCCCCCGAUACCGAGCCGACUCCCUCCUGGAUGUGAGCGCCAAGAAGGUGGCCGAGUGCUGGGCCUUCGAGCAGGUGGAGGAGCGAUUUUCAAGGGUUCCAGAGCCUGUGCAGAAGCGAAUCAUAUUCUGGAGUUUCCCACGUAGUGAAAAGGAGAUCUGUAUGUAUUCGACUCUGGGUUAUCACCCUCCCGAGGGAGAGAGGGACUCCCGGGUACCCUUCAACCGAGGGCUGCAGUUGAUGCAAUCUGGAGCUGUACAACGGGUCCUACAAGUGGGGUUCCACCUCAGCGGAUCCGUCACAGAAUCUGGAGACCCGGAGCGGACCUACCAAGUGUCCAUCAGCUUCGACCGUUGUAAAAUCACCUCCGUCAGCUGCGGCUGCGAGAAUCGGGACAUCUUCUACUGCGCCCACGUCGUGGCCCUGUCCUUGCACCGGAUCCGGAGGGCGCGGGGGGUGGAGCUGCGGCUCCCGAUCUCGGAGACCCUGUCCCAGAUGAACCGAGACCAACUGCAGAAGUUUGUCCAAUACCUGAUCAGCGAACAUCACACGGAGGUGCUCCCCACCGCGCAGAGACUGGCCGACGAGAUCUUACAGCUGGGCUCUGAGAUAAACCGGGUGCACGGGGCCCCAGAUCCAACUGCCGGCGCCGGACGAGAGGAUGAGAACUGCUGGCACCUUGAUGAGGAGCAGAUUCAGGAACAGGUGAAGCUGCUGCUGGCUAAUGGCGGUUACUAUGGGGCAAGCAAACAGUUACAGUCGAUGUUCAGCAAGGUGAGGGAGAUGCUGCGUAUGAGGGAUUCUAAUGGGGCCCGAAUGCUGAUCCUGAUGACGGAGCAGUUCCUGGAAGAUCCGCGAUUGGCUCUGUGGCAGCAGCAGGGGGCGGGAAUGACGGACAAGUGCCGGCAGUUAUGGGAUGAACUCGGUGCCUUGUGGGUUUGUGUGGUGCUGAGCCCUCACUGUCGCGCAGAAGAAAGAGAAUCCUGGCUCGAGCUUCUUCGCAGGUGGAACGCCUUGGAUAUCUGCCCUUUGGAGGAGGGCAACUAUAGCUUGGAUGGACCCGGGGCACAGACUCAACCGCAGGGCUACAAUUCCAAUCAAGCUCCUGUUCCACGUCAGACUGUAUUCGCACGGGCCUUGAAAGCCGGGGAGCUUCACUGGACAGACCCGCACCUUCAGCGAGUGCUGAGUGGCGAGACAGGUGCCCCCAGCAGUGGAGUAAAGAGCAGCGCAGAUAUGCUCUCCUAUGACCCCCAAGGCCGCCCCCUGUGGUUGGGAGAUCAUUUCCCGGUGGCUUGUGCCCGUGUGGAUGCCCUGCGGUCUCAUGGUUACCCACAACAAGCGCUCAGACUGGCUGUCUGUAUUGUCAACACCAUGAGGCUGCAGCGCCAGCACCAGCUUGAGAGUGUGAAGCAGCAAAGGAAAGAACUGCAGCUGAAGGGAAGCACGUCUCUAACUAACCUGGAAGGCUGGGUGGGGCACCCGUUGGACCCCAUUGGAUGUCUCUGCCGGACGUUCCUGGAAGCCAGUCUGCCUGAGGAUGAGGGACUGUCUCUUUACCCAGAUAUUGGUGGAGAGCAGAGGAAAGUGAUGUAUCAGCAAGUGCCCUUACCUGGUGCCACCGCCAACGGAGAGUCCUACUUGUGUCUGGCACUGGAAGUGGCUCUUAUGGGCCUGGGGCAGCAACGGGCGAUGCCCGAGGGUCUGUAUGCCCAGGACAAGCUGGUGAGGAGCGAGGAGCAGAUUAUUGGCCUCUUGGGCACGUUGGACAUGGCAGAGAGACUGAUCCAAGUGCUGAGGAAACAGUCCAUUCUUCUCCUGGAAGGUGGUCCCUACAGCGGCUUCGGGGAGGUGAUCUACCGCGAGAGCGUUCCCAUGCACACCUUUGCCCGCUUCCUUUUCACCACUCUCCUCCCACAUGACGCAGACUUGGCCUAUCGGAUAGCACUGAGAGCCAUGAGGCUCCCUGUCCUGGAGUCUAUCCUCCCACCCCAUGGCUCCGAUAUUCUGCCUCUGGACUCCAUGUUAACCAGUCGCUUCCCUCGCUGGUUCAUCCUGGGACAUCUGGAGACUCGCCAGUGUGAGCUUGCGUCUGCCAUGCUGACCACCGCCAAGGGGGACCCCAAGUGGCUUCACACCGUCCUGGCCUCCAUCCAGCAGCACAUUCACUCCCCGGCGCUGCUUUUCAAGUUGGCCCAAGACGCCUGCAAGACUGCGACCCCCCCAAACGCGUCUCCGGACACCACCCUCCUAAAUAUCUCUCUGGAGCUGGGACUGCAGGUGAUGAGGAUGACUCUGACCACCCUGACGUGGCGUCGCCGGGAGAUGGUGCGAUGGUUGGUGUCUUGUGCUACGGAGAUUGGUGCCCAGGCUCUGAUCAGCAUCAUGCAGAACUGGUACGCCCUCUUCACCCCCAUCGAGGCUACGACCAUCGUUGCUGUCACCUGCACAUCCCCCGCCACUCUCUUGCGCUUCAGUCCGGACCCCCGGCAACGUGAGGAGCUGUGCUCGUGCGCCCGGGCCCUGGCUUUGCAGUGCGCCAUGAAGGACCCCCAGAGCUGUGCCCUACCUGCCCUCACCCUCUGUGAGAAAGACCACACCUCUUUUGAGGCGGCUUAUCAGAUCGUAUUGGACAGUGCCAGCUCGGGCCCCGGAGCCCACUCUCACCUCUUUACUGUGGCGCGAUACAUGGAGCACCGAGGCCUCCCACUGCGGGCAUUUACUCUUGCCACCCUGGCUCUGUCCAACCUCCGCAUCGGAUUUAGCCAAGACACUCACCCGGCCGUCAGUGAUGUUCUGUGGGCGUGCUCCUUAGCGCACUCUUUGGGCAAGGCGGAGUUAAGCUCUGUGGUACCUCUAGUCAUCAAAAGUGUGCAGUGUGCCCCUGUUCUCUCUGACAUCAUACGCCGCUGUAGCCUGGCACCCCCUGGACUGGCACAGGCCUUGUCCUCUUCUAGUGGAGGCCGAGGAAGGGGCUCAGGGGGGCGGGCGGAUAAGCCUCCUCUCUGUCAGCUGCUGGAGGCGGCAGUCGGGGCUUAUAUCAGCACCACGCACUCUCGCCUCACCCACAUUAGCCCGCGGCACUACGGCGAGUUCAUAGAGUUCCUGGCCAAAGCCCGCGACACCUUCCUGCUGGCACCCGAUGGCCACCGCCAGUUCUCUCAGUUCUUGGACAACUUGAAGCAGACGUACAAAGGGAAGAAGAAGCUGAUGCUGUUGGUGCGGGAGCGGUUUGGCUGAUGCCAACAGAGGAACGAAGGAUUGGGAAGCCUGAGAGAGGGGGAGAGCGAGAACUCGUCCCCCUUUUAUAAACAAGAUUCUCUUCCAGAGGGGCCUCAAAGUCGGUUGUCCCCCGGAAAAUUUAAUGGACUUCCAGUUGGUGGCGGGAGCCGUGAUGGUUCCCACUGAAGAUUCCCUGCAAGGAGCCUGGCUUUUAAUAACGUAUUUAUUUAUAUUAUUAUGGAUUUUUUUUUUUUAAAUUUCCCCUCCCUCUGCCUUGGGCAGACCCUCCUCUUUAUGCGCCUGAUCAGUUGGACGGAAUUGGGGGAACGGCUAUGGGCCCCGCACGGUGCGGACUGCUUAUUUAUUUCUGAAGGAUUAAUCUCGUAAUUAACUUAUUCUUUUGUAUUCUUUCUAAUGUGAUUUGAUUUCACUUGGCGCCGACCGCAAUCAUUCCCAAAUGCUGCCCCGUCCUCGGGAUACAAGAUGGCGACUGCAUGGCGUUUCCAACAGAUGCGGAUCCCCAAGCAGUAUUACGAGCGGCCGUCAUGUGACCAAGAACUGGGGGUGUGGGCUCGCGAGUCUUCGCCCCCGGCCUGACCAACCGCGCCAGUGGCUGGAUCGCUGUGUAUAAAUAUUGUAUAUUAAUAUAUACUUAAUAUAUAAAUGUAUAUUACGAAAAAGGAAACAAAAAAAUAGUAAAAAAAAGCAAAAACUCUAUGGAAGAAAAGCGACGGGGGCUGCUGCAGUGGUGGUCUCUGCAUUCAAUGAAGUGUUCCAGAUAAGGUGGGGGUCAAAUUCAGCUUUAUACCUCACCCCCCCCAUAAGUGUAUCAUGUUCCAAUGUCUACACUGGAAAUAUAACUCAGGAAGAUGCCGCUUUCAGUGUCACGUUGUCUCCCCCCCCCCGACUAAUUCUACAUGUGCCCCCCAUUUAUUUCCUCUCACAUCUUACCCCCCCAAACCCACUGACCCCUCUUGUCUUUCCAUUGUUUAAAUGAAGGUUUUUGAAAUCCCAUUUAUGAUCUGAAUGUCUCUCACUAGAAAAUACCAUUCUCUGUUCUGUGGGGGGAGGAAUCGGAUAUGUAUAGAGAUAUAUACAGAAUGACUGAGCUCAUCUGUUUUUAUUUAUUGAUCCAUCUGUCACAGUUGUUUCUUAAUGGAGAUAAAACAAACAACAUUUUAAUGAGAA